AUGUCGCUGGCAUGCGGAGCGGAGUGCGUGUUCUGCGUCGGCUGCUCCCGCUGGAUUUGGAAGCGAUGCACCUACGUCGGAUCCUACGACAGCGAGACCUGGCCGCCGGCGGAUCCGGCGGAGUUCGAGCCGGUGCCCCGCAUCUGCCGCCUGAUCCUCGCCGUCUACGAGGACGACCUCGCUCAUCCGCAGUUCCCGCCGCCAGGCGGCUAUCACCUCGACCCCUCCUGCGUCGUCAAGCGCGUCACCUACGAGCAGACCUGCGGCCGCUCGCCGCCGUACCUCAUCUACACGGAUCACCACCACCGCGAGAUCGUCUUCUCCAUCCGCGGCCUCAACCUACGGCGUGAGAGCGACUAUGCCCUCCUCCUCAACAACAGCCUCGGGAUGCAGAUGUUCGACGGCGGCUACGUCCACCACGGCCUGCUCAGGUCGGCCAGCUGGCUGCUGAAUCGGGAGUCCGAAACCCUAGCGGAGAUCUGGAAGCGCUACGGCGAGGAAUACAAGCUUGUCUUCGCCGGCCACUCGCUGGGCUCCGGCGUGGCGGCGUUGAUGUCCAUCCUCGUCGUCAACCACGGCCACUGUGUCGGAGGGAUUCCCCGGAGCAAGGUCCGGUGCUACGCGGUGGCGCCCGCCAGGUCUAUGUCCCUCAACCUCGCCGUCAAGUACGCCGACGUGAUCUACUCCAUCGUCCUCCAGGCGGGCACAUUCUCUGCUCCCUUCUUCUCCACCGUGCUAGAUUCACAAUCCAGACCGCGCUAAAUCUUAACAUUUUGCGGAAGAAAUCAAUCAAUUAUGAAGCCGACCAGCAUCCCUCGGAAGAAGACAGUCCGUUCAAAUGACGACUGAUCCGUGUUGUCUCUGCAAUUCACAGGAUGAUUUCUUGCCGAGAACGGCGACACCGUUGGAGGACAUCUUCAGUUCGAUAUUCUGGUGAGUUCCGUCGAUUCCGCGGGCCCUACCCUCUUUUCUUCCCGCAAUUCGUCCGAUUAUGAACCAACACAGAACAUUUCUUGACCGUUCUUCGUGCUCUGGGCAGCUUGCCGUGCUUGCUGUUCUGGGUCUGCAUCAGAGAUACCUUCAUACCGGAGGGAAGGAAGCUCAGAGAUCCGAGGAGACUCUACGCUCCCGGACGGAUGUUUCACAUCGUUGAGAGGAAGUUCUGCAGGUAGGGGGAUCCCCCAUUAUUGCCCGUAGCUUCCUGCUGUGAAUCCCUGUUUCCUCGGCGGUGGCGAUCUGUCAGGACUGAUUUCCAAGACGAAACCAUGGGCAGAUGCGGAAGGGUUCCUCCGAAGGUGAGAACCGCCAUCCCAGUCGAGGGCAGGUUCGAGCACAUCGUGCUCUCCUGCAACGCGACAUCAGAUCACGGCAUCCUCUGGAUUGAGAAGGAAUCGCAGAAGGCAUUGGAUGUAAGUGUCGGCAGCAUAUUCCGGCGAAGAACUAUCCUCUUCUCACUGUUGUUCUCUGACAAGAUGCUCUGCUCCCUGGUUUUCUCUCAGCUGAUGAAGGAGGGAAUGGAGGCGGCGCCGCCGGCGACGCAGAGGAUGGAGAGGAAAGAAUCGUUCGCCGAGGAACACAAGGCCGCACUGGUGAGGGCGGUGACCCUGAAGAUACCCCAUGCGGUGGCGCCGCCGGAGGGACCUUCCGGUUCUGCGGAGGAGACGGCGGCGUCGAGCGCCGCCAGUCCGAGGCUGACAAGGAAGCCCAAUUGGGAACAGUUGCUGGAGAAUCUCUUCGAUAAGGGCCCCUCAGGGGCGCUCGUCCUCAGGAAGGACAUCGGCACCUCUUCAUGA